AUGGCCGCUGAAGAACGCCGUGUCGGUUCACCCUGUGAUGAGGAUGAUUCCGAAACCCAACUUCAGGAACUACUACUGACAACUGGCAACGGCACCAUCUUAUGCGACGUAUCCACCCCUUCCCAUCGUCCAUUUGUGCCACCAUCCUCCUCCCUGCACAAUCUCUCUCACCCUGGGAGUCUAGCAAACGACAAGCUGGCUUCCGACCGCUUCGUCUGGCCUGGGAUGCACAAAGACCUCAAAACAUUGACACGGGCUUGUAGCGCCUGUCAACGGAGUAAGAUCCAGCGGCACAACAAGGCCCGCAUUGGUACCUUCCCCGGCCCUUGUUCAAGGUUCAGCCCCGUCAACCUGGACAUUGUAGUCCCCGUGCCUCUGUCCAAUGGUUGCUCCUAUCUCCUCACCGGUUCACUCGGUGGCCUGAAACAAUUCCCUUGCCUGACAUUGCUGCUCCAACGGUGGUCAGGGCUCUUCUCAGUCGUUGGGUUGCUAUCUUUGGUGCACCCUCCACAAUCACGACUGACCGUUGUGCCCAGUUUAAGUCUAACCUCUUCCAGUCUUUACUCUCCUUUUUAAGCUGUACCCGCAUCCGGACAACAGCCUAUCAUCCGGCUGCUAACGGGAUGGUCGAGCGGUUUCACCGCCAACUGAAGGCCCCUCUACGCGCCGCGGCCGAUCCGGAGAACUGGACGGACCACCUUCCCCUGGUCCCCUUGGGCAUCCGCUCCGCUUUCAUACCGGACCUUGACUGUUCCGCAGCUGAAAUGGUGUUCGGUGCCACCGUCCGACUCCCCGGUGAGCUGAUCUCGCCAACCCCGCGAGGUGCAUUUGAGGAUCCCAUCAACCUCCUGCAUCGCCUCCGGCAGUUUAUGCGGACAAUUUCUCCGUUUCCUCCCAGGUCCUCGGCCUCUCCGUCUUAUCUCUAGAAGAACAUGGCAACGUGCUCGCACGUCUAGCUUCGAUGUGAUCGAGUCUGCCGGCCCCUGGAACCGACCUAUGACGGCCCAUUCCGAGUGCUCUGUAGUGAUUGUGGACCGCCUCCAGGCUGCCGUCCCUGACACUCCUCCGGAUGAGCCCUUUGGUCCUCUACAUUCUGCUUCCCCACCUGCAGCCUCUAUUCCACCGUCCCGUAUUGGAGAUUGGUUCAACGAUAGGCUUCCUGGAGCAGCAUCUAUCCCGGAGCCUGCAUCCGGUAAUCGCGGCUAA